AUGUAUGUUAAAAUUGAGAACACUCGCCUUGAUUACUUUCGCAAUAAUCAGGAGGGUAAACGGGCUGAACUAUAUCAAGGUAUUCUGGAUUCACUACACUCUGGAGAAACUGUUGCUUCGGAUGUAGGGCGUAGGGUGAUUUUACCUCCAACAUUUAUUGGAGGACCUCGAGAUAAGAAGAGACGUUAUCUCAAUGCUAUGGCUUUGGUUCAACGAUACAGAAAACCUGAUUUGUUUGUUACUAUAACUUGCAAUGCUAACUGGCCUGGGAUAAAGGUUGAGUUAUUACUCGGUGAGACAGCACAAGAUAGGCCUGAUUUAGUGGCCAGGAUUUUUAGAGCCAAAUUACUUGUAUUGAAGAAAGAGAUAAUGGAAAAAAAAUAUAUUCGGUGA